AUGACUGCCGACCUGACAGUUGUCCAAAAGAUGACCUUUAACACUUUGCACAAGAGGUCAGCACCCCAAAAGAUUGAGCUGAUGGAACCGUUCAUGGACAAGGGCAGAACUGUAACCACGGACAAUUUCUUCACAUCACUGUCACUUGCGCAACGACUGCGUAGCCGGAAAACCACCAUCCUCGGCACAGUCAACAAGUGUCGCAGGGAAAUUCCACAAUCCACUAAACGUAAGGAUCGCACUGAAUUCACCACUCAGGUGUUUUCAACCUCUGAUGCCACGCUGACUGUGUAUGUGCCCAAAAGGAAGAAGGUCGUUUACAUUCUCAGCAGCAUGCACAGCGUGGUUGAGACUGAGGAUACCACCAGAAGAAAGCCAAACACCAUCAAACAAUAUAACAAAGCAAAGUGCGGUGUGGAUGUGAUGGACAAAAUGGUGCGGGAGUACAGCGUGCGUGCAGGAACACAGAGGUGGCCAGUUGCCGUGUUCUACAACAUGAUUGACAUGGCAGCACUGAAUGCGCAUGUGCUGUAUCAGGCAUGCACUGGGGUGCAGGAGAGACGGGUGGACUUCCUGGUGGAGCUCGCAAAAGAGUUGGCUAACUCUCAUGUGAGUGAGAAGAAGGCGUGCAAGGAGCAACUGCUUUGCCAACAACCUGCCACACCCAGCCCAGGCAAAAGGGCGAAGUGCCAAAUCAACCGUCGAUGCAUUAAAAAUAGUACAAAUAGGAGAUGCGUUGACUGCUUCAAAUACGCAUGUGGCAAAUGCAGCAAGCCCAUGAACUGGCAGUGCCAGAUGUGUGCAGACAGUGCAGACAGUGCACAGAAUGAGGGCUGA